GUAGUCGUGGUUUUAGGCCACUCGUGAGUGUCGCGCGUGGGGGGGGGGACUCGUUGCCUUGGAGACCGCUAGCGAUGAGUGGGUUUUCUUUCACCGUGGCUUGACCUCUCCUCCCGGCUUCGCUUCUGUCCCCGCCGAGCGUGUUUAUGACGGAUCCUCCGGGCUUGAUGCCUGUCAGAUUAUAAAGAAGAAACUACUUUUAAGUUUGCACCAUGGACAGCACAAAGGAGAAAAGUGACAGUUACAAAGAUGACCUGCUUCUUAGGAUGGGACUUAAUGACAACAAAGCAGGAAUGGAAGGAUUGGAUAAAGAGAAAAUUAACAAAAUUAUAAUGGAAGCAACAAAGGGCUCCAGAUUUUAUGGGAACGAGCUCAAGAAGGAAAAGCAAGUCAACCAGCGAAUUGAUAACAUGAUGCAACAAAAAGCUCAAAUUACCAGUCAGCAGCUAAGGAAAGCCCAAUUACAGGUUGACAGGUUUGCACUGGAGUUGGAACAGAGCCGGAAUCUAAACAAUACCAUUGUGCAUAUUGACAUGGAUGCUUUCUAUGCAGCUGUAGAAAUGAGGGAUAACCCAGAAUUGAAGGAUAAACCCAUUGCUGUAGGAUCACUGAGUAUGUUGUCUACUUCAAAUUACCAUGCAAGGAGGUUUGGUGUUCGUGCAGCUAUGCCAGGAUUUAUUGCUAAGAGACUCUGCCCACAACUUAUUAUAGUACCCCCAAACUUUGACAAAUAUAGAGCUGUGAGUAAAGAGGUUAAAGAAAUACUUGCUGAAUAUGAUCCUAAUUUUAUGGCCAUGAGUCUUGAUGAAGCGUACUUGAAUAUAACAAAGCACUUGCAGGAAAGACAAAACUGGCCUGAGGACAAAAGAAGAUAUUUUCUCAAAAUGGGAAACUUGGUAGAAAAUGAUAAACCUGGAAAGGAAGUUAAUAAUGUUUGUGAGCAUGAAUGGCCCAGUUCUCCAUUACUUUUUGAAGAUAGCCCUCCUGAUCUGCAGCCCCCAGGAAAUCCUUUCCAAGUGAACUUUGAAGAACAAAACAAUCCUCAAACUCUCCAAGAUUCCAUUGUUUUUGGAACAUCAGCUGAGGAAGUGGUAAAGGAAAUUCGUUUCAGAAUUGAGCAAAAAACAACACUGACCGCCAGUGCAGGCAUUGCCCCUAAUACAAUGUUAGCAAAAGUGUGCAGCGAUAAGAAUAAGCCAAAUGGACAAUACCAAAUUCUCCCCACCAGGCAAGCAGUGAUGGACUUCAUCAAAGACUUACCUAUUAGGAAGGUUUCUGGAAUAGGAAAAGUUACAGAAAAAAUGUUAAAAGCCCUUGGAAUUAUUACUUGCACAGAGCUCUACCAACAGAGGGCAUUACUUUCUGUCCUUUUCUCUGAAACAUCAUGGCAUUAUUUCCUUCAUAUUUCACUGGGUCUAGGUUCAACAGACCUGGCAAGGGAUGGAGAAAGGAAAAGUAUGAGCGUUGAAAGGACAUUCAGUGAGGUAAGCAAAGCAGAAGAACAGUACAGCUUGUGCCAAGAACUUUGCACUGAACUUGCUCAAGACCUCCAGAAAGAGGGACUUAAGGGAAGAACUGUUACCAUCAAGCUGAAAAAUGUGAAUUUUGAAGUAAAAACCCGUGCAAUUACGGUUUCAUCUAUUGUGUCUACUGCAGAGGAAAUAUUUUCCAUUGCUAAAGAAUUGCUGAGAACAGAGAUAAAUGCUGAAUGUCCAUAUCCCUUGAGAUUAAGACUUAUGGGUGUUCGUAUAUCUAGUUUUUCCAGUGAAGAAGACAAGAAGCACCAACAAAGGAGCAUCAUUGGCUUCUUACAGCCUGGAAACCAAGCUCUGUUAGCCACUUCAUGCGAACUAGAUAAAACUGACAAAGAUCAGUUUGCAAAACCUCUAGAAAUGUGUCAUAAAAAGAGUUUCUUUGAUAAAAAAAGAUCAGAACGGAUGUGGAACCAUCAAGAAAAAUCUAAAUGUGAAACUGUGGAUAGACAAAGUUCUCAGCUAUCACAGCCAUUCCAAGUUUUAAAGAAGAUGAUUGAAAAUGUAGAAACAUCAGAGAAUUGUCAAGUAUUUACUUGCCCCAUUUGCUUUAAGGAACAAGGGCACAUCAGUCUGGAAGCCUUUAAUAAACACAUGGAUGCAUGUCUUGAUGGCCAUUCAAGCAGUGAGAACUCUAAAAUGUUCUCAUAUCCACAUGCUUCCUCCACUGCCAUGAAUCAGAAAGAAAGUAUACCUCAUUCUUUUUCACUUUGUGAGAAACAAAAUUAUGAAACCCAUGAGAAAAAUCUAGAAAUGACGUCAGUGCAUUGUGUAGAUUCAGUAGAGACUAAAAGUAAUUCACCAAAAGCAGAAAAUUCAGACAUUUCAAGGGUUAAGUUUAGCAAGAAAGAAUGUUCCAAUCUUCCAAACAAGUCACCUAUUACAAUUUCAUUGGAAAAUGGAAGUGGGCAAGAAUCUCUUCAGUCUUCUAUCAGUGAAAUGACAAGCCAGGCUCUAGUUUGUCCAGUGUGUAACCUUGAACAAAAGACUUCAGAUCUUACCCAGUUCAAUGAGCAUGUGGAUAUUUGCUUAAAUAAAGAUAUUAUCCAAGAACUGAGAAAUAAUGAAUUUAAGCCAGUUAACCAACCCAAAGAAAGCUCUAGAAGUUCAGGUACCUCCAGCAAAGUACAGAAGACUGAAGCAAAAACAAAAAGGCCAGGACUGAUGACAAAGUACUCAGCAUCAAAGAAAACAAAACCCAACAAUCCCAGACACACCCUUGAUGUGUUUUUUAAAUGAGCAUUGAAUAUUUUUCAAUAAUUUUAAUCAAUUUUUAAUCAGUUUUAUAAUCAAUGAACUAAUUCUCAUUCUAAAUGUACACAUUCAUUUGGUGAGGGCAAGUACAGUAAUUCCUCCCUAAGUAGUAGUUCCUUUUCUAAGAAUUUGAGAUGUAUACUGAUUUACUUCUUUAUGCCUUUUUUGUAAUGAGGAUUCCAUUUCAUUGUGAGUUGGAAAUCAAACAUGUUAGAGAUCAUUUUUAAAUGAAAAGUGAAGGCUGGAGUGGUGCCCAAUGGCACAAGGUCCUGGGUUCAAUCACUAGCAAUGAAAAAAGAGAAGAAAGAGAAAUAGGAUCAGAAAAAUGCUUUUUAAAUUAUUUUGUAAUUGAAUUUAUAAUGAAUAUAAAAGCAUAAUUAUAAGAACUCUCAGAGUUUUACACAUUUUAGCAUCUAUUUUACUAUUAUUUUUAGCACUUAACUACUUGGUUUACAUUGGACUGCUGCUAUAGUUAGUUUUGUAUCUUUAGAUAUUCUGUGAGCUUCAUAAUUAAAAGCUAUCCUAAGUUCUGGGAGGAACAUUAGUUUAACAGAAAUAGCAUGAAAGUUUUAAUUACCUCAGGAAAAUGAUGUCACAUUAUUAUCUGUGUUAAAAGGAUUUUUACUCAAAA